AUGCCCCUAGAGCUGGAAGGCUCUCCAGGGGUCUCGCCCCCGGCCUCUGUGCAUCCCUCCAGCUUACCAGAAGGCGAGACGCCUGUCCUUACUUCUCCUGACGCCGACGAAAGCACGGCGGCACUUAGAGAGUCAGGGCAAUCAGAAAAUGCCGAGAAGGCCGCAGGCGUGGUCGACGGAGAACACACUCCAUCUACAGAUCGACACUCUGCGACUUCCCCUGCGGAUGCUGCACAGAACGACAAACCGGCGAGUAACGAUGCUGCGGUCGCUGCUUCGGUUUGCUCCUCGGAGGCCCCGGUUGAAGCUGACGACGGACGAGAAAAAGCGAAAGAGGAUGGUGACAGUGAGGAAAGGCAAAACCUUCCACCAGUUGGGGGUGUUGCGUUGUCGGAAAGCGUCAACGCAGAUGCCAGCGAACGGCAACACGAAUCUCCGGAGAUGGGACAGUACCGGCAACGGUCACUUUCUGUGGAGUCCCGGACUUCCAUAGGAUUGAACACAGAGGAGAAAGCGGGAGAAAGGACGGAAGGAGCGUCCUCGACAUCCCCGGAUGGAUCCCGCUCGCCAGGUCCGCUGUCGUCGUCUGUCGUGUCGAAUCCCGUAAAAAGCCGCAUUUCCCUCUCUUCUCUCCCUACGCACGCUAGCCCCUCUUCCUCUUCCCUGGAGAAGAAAAGUGCGUCAAACGGGAGCGAGGAGACAACGCACGGUGAACCACGCUCGCCGCCUUCGAAGGACGCAGGCGAGUUGGUGCCCGACGUCGAGAUGUCUCCAAGAGUAGCGGAGUCGAGGACACCCACUAGCUCCUCAGUCUCGUCAGCGUCUCCACGGAGUUGGAGAUCCUCGCUUUCGGAGGCAACGCCGAGGCGGGCAUUAGGAAAGGAGGCGACGCCGAGAGGGGGAGUGAAAGGAGCAUCGAAAAGCUCAGCUGCUUCGCCACGCGCUGUGAAGGCGUCCAAAGUUGAAAAGGGUGGGAAAGAAGAGUCGAAGUCUUCGUCCGCGGCCUCCGUACCUCAUCAGAAGGCUUCUCCGAAAGCGGGGGAGAGCAGUAGUCUCGAGUCCUCAUCCCCGAGACAACGCAAGGUUCGGGCCGCAAAAUCCUCGGGGGCAUCGACCUCUCGAGAUCUUGGCUCGAGCGGGAAGUCCAGAGCGGGAGCAGCCUCGCCGAAGUCUGCAGGCUCCAAGGCGUCGCUAGCAGGGAAGACUGCCGCAAAGGCCAAAACCAGCGAGACAGGAAAGGAAAAGAAAUCCGGGAGAGCGGAAGUUAGAAAGCAAGGCUUUCUAGACUCUGGCGCGGAAAGCGGAGGAAACGCAGAGGGACGGCAGGCGCUGGAAAGCGAGCAUGCCGCCAAUACCGCGGCAAGCGCGCUUGACGGGGGCGAAGGACUAUCGCAAAAAGCCGUGCCUGCACAGGGUUCGUCAGCAGAGCGAAAGAAGGCGACUGCGUUGUCGAAAUGGUUAACCAUUUCGGGCUCUGCGCUCCCCACGUCGUAUCUGAACAAGAACGCCGUCGACUUGGAUGACGCCAAGCUGUUUUGUUCCAGCAUGUCGUCGAGUUCAAUGGACAGCACCGGGAGCUCGAGCGACACCGACGGAGGGCGCUCCCAUUCUUCCUUGCGGCGCUGUUUCUUCGGAAUGCCUGACCGGGCGGACACGUUUCCAAGUGCCUGCGACCCGAAUCCAUGCACGUCAAUGGAGGCGGCAGAGCGUGCCUGGCACCAAGACAAGAUUUCCAGCAGGUCCGGAUCUCGGGGCUUCCUUUCGCACCAGAGCAGUUGCCACAGCGCGCCUGGGCCCCAUGCAGCCCUUCGCUCUUGGAGCUCUAAAUUCUCGGCGGCGAGCGAUCCGUUACAUAAGACACCAGACAGCCCUCGAAUGGGGGACUCUCGCGUUCGUUCUGUCGACAUGAAGCUUCGGUCUCUUCGGACCGUGCCUGCGAAAGCGCCUCCGUCGAGCAGCCCGUUUGAACCUAUGAGCCCCAGCACACCGGCCAGCGGAGUCGUGCACCAAGGCAAGGCGGGCGGCGACCUGGCUUCGCAGUUCCGGAAUCUCAACGAGUUUUUGGCGGGUACGCGAGGCGGUACGCCUGCUGUCUCUUCGAACGAAGACGCCGUGGUGGAACGUCUUCGGGACGAGUGUGGCGACGAAAGCGCUCAGCAAACUCCCUCUCGAUGCCGUUCGCUCACCUCCGAAACGAGCGUGGGGGCUUCGGCGACACCCUGCCGGUCUCAGUCAGGCAGCGUGACUCCGGUGAACAGCGCAUGGACUCCGUUCACACAGCUUUUGAUGCUGAAGGUGCUGAGACAGCAGCAUCGCAUGAGGGACAAGACGCCGCAGCGCAUGGUGCGUCAGGAGACGAAUGUCGAGGGUGGAGUGCUUCGCAAGGGCACUGUAACGUCCUUCGCCACCCCACAGUCGGGGAGAUCUCAGGCGUCGCUCCACAGCCUGCCUACUCUGUUAGAGUCUGACGGCAGAGGCCGCGGGGAGGAGGAUGUGGCGAAAGUGUCGGAAAGCGUGCACUCGCUCGAGUCGCUGACGCUUCAGGCCACACCGGGAUCGCAUCCUUCACGGGCCUCCAGUUCGCAGCUGCAGGCGACCCAGGCCAGUGAAGCGGAACCGGGGCGUUCCGAGCCAAGCGUCAGGCACGCUGUGUUGCCGCCGACGCCUUUGGAGCGUGCAUUCAUGCUGCCUUUCGAACAGGCGGGAAAGGGACCAGUGCCGACUCCACCCGCGUCGGCUCCAAUUGCGCAGUUGCCCACACAGACUUUGGGUGCAUGCAGCCCGCAAAUGGGCUCGGUCCUCAAGCUGCAGGCUUCGGAAUGCCCCUUCCGGGCGGUUGGGACGGGGCUUGCCAAACAAAGAACGACGCAUGCAUAUCUAGAGCAAAGACUGCGGUCCGAAUGCGGCCCGCAGCCGCCUUCCCAAAGCAACGCCCUCGCCCGUUCCCGUUUCUCCGGCGUUUCCCCUUUUGUGGAGGUUGUCAUGGGCGAAAUCGAGAAGGAGUAUGAAAUGCACAUGUCUGGUGCACUAGCCGCGUUGAGGAGCCGCAAUGGCGGCAGUUCGACGGUCGCCGACGAAAGGCUGGGAGCGGGGGCCUUGUUUGGCGGCGAUACGUACGGGGUAUUUGGCGAGACGCGACUGGUUGAGAUGAAAACGCGCAGAACGACAGAUCUAGACGAUUUGCAUCGAGUAGACGUCUCCCAGCGUUUCCUGCUGGCGUGUCUCCUCUUCCUGCGAAGCAAUAACAACAGCGUGAAAAUCUGGCAGGAGGUCGACAAAUGUCGGCGGGAACUUCGCGAACUCCUGGAGCGGCGGCGACAGCGCACGGGGAAGAGCCGGGGACGACGGCAAGGCUCAGCAGACGGAGAGUUGGGUCCGCCGGGCGGCGCCUCACUUCCUGCGAGGCAGGGCGUGGAAGCUCAGCGCGACGGAGGUGCCGAGAAAGACGGCGCGGGACCAGGCAGUGGAAGGGAGGCCGAUGAAGAAAACGAAAGAAGAAACGAAAGCCCAUCCGCCGAAAGCAAAGAUACCGACUGUGAGAAACACGGAGAUCUGGAGAAGAAGGAAGAGCAAAACGGAGGCGAGGGUGCAGAGAAGAGCAAGGGCGAAGGCGCCAGCGACAGGGAAGGAGGGGAUGCCGGGGGAGUGGAACCCGAGGCGGUCGAGAGAGAGGAAAGGUCGAAGGAAGAAGAAGGGGCCGAAGGCGGUGUUAAGGGCGACAGUCAGGGUGGAGAUCCGACGUCAGAUCUGGAUCAGAAUGAGGGGAAGCAAGGAAAGACCGAAGGCGAGAAGCUGGAUCCUCUUGUGGCGGCGUCGAACGCGAACGUGUCAACACAGAAGAGUGACGGCUCCGACCACGAUGGAUCAAACGCGACGGAUGAUGCGUAUGCCGACAGUAUCGACGACCUUUCCGGCGCGGACGAUGGUGACGACUCGGAUGCCUUCAAGCUCAGGAGGCGACGCGCGAGGCCUGCUACUCUAAUGUCACACGGUCCGAUUUUCUUGCGGGACAAAGCGAGUGACAAUGAACACGAUGGUCGGGAUCGUGACCUUGAGACUGCUGCUGCAGAGGCCAUCUUGCAGCGGCUGCGCGCGCUUUCAGAAAGGAGCAAAGCGGAUCCAACUCUGAGGACGGAACAGAUCUGUGGGCAAUGCUGGACGGAGGGAUCUCUCCUUCCCCUUCUUCCUGUUCUUCUCAACAGCUGUCGAAGCGCAGUCCCUCCUACUGUCGCCGUUCCCGUUGUCGCUUCAGCCUACGUCCUGAUUAUCUCUUCGCUGUUCGUGGCUCGGCUUCAAUGCUGCCAGGUCGUAGCCGACUGCUGCCUGCUAGUCCGCCACUUCCUGGACCCGUCGGCCCUGACUGACAAUCGCAGCUUGAUGGCGGCGUUGCGAAAUCUGAAGUACGAUAGGGCCCGCCUGGAGUGUCUCCAGUCGAAGCAGGCAAUGCGGAUCAUCCAAGACUCGCGUCGCUCGUUUGUGUCUAUUCUAGCAGCCGUGUAUCCCUUCGAGUUUAUUGCUUCGCCCGAGAUGUUACUGCGGCUGCAGCACGCCAAGCUACUUUUGGCUGGCGAGGGACAGAAGAAGAAAGCGGAAGAGAAGAGCAGUGACGCAAAAGAGGAAGGCGCGUCCAAGGAUACCCUCGACAUGCCGAUGUCGUACAUCACCCGACUCAAUAGUUUCCGUUCAUCCAAGAAUCCCCGCAGCCAGGCUGCCCGAAAGAGCACUGUGCAUUCCGUGGCUGGCGCAGACGGACUGGGCCCUGAGACGAACAAAGAGCGGUGGGGAGAUGAAGAGGUGGGAGAGCUUCAGGUUCAGGUGGACCGCCUGAACCGCCGGAUUGACCUGCUGCUGGAGCGUCAGUGGGAUCUCCGCGAAGCUGCAGACGAACUGCUUUCUGAAUUAGUCGACCUCGAUCACAUCGAGCAGGAGGUGAUGGAGGAAGCCGAGGAUGCGAAGGCGAAGAAAACUGUCGAAAAGAGACAGGAAGAUUUUGGAGACUUGGGCAUGGGUCCCACCGACAGUGCGCGGAAAGAUAAAGAGAAAGAUCCGUAUAAUGAAUCGCUAGCUCAAAUUGACGUGCACCGCAACGAGGCGGAAGAGCAACUUAUUCAGUUGAAUGAAGGCUUAAAGAGGAUUGGGAAGGAAUUGAGCCGUGUACAGCACCAGAGAGAGGAGCUUCUCGCUGUGGCGAAGAAGAGGCAGGAGGAACACAUGAAAAAAGUGGAGGCGCGACGGAAGGCACAUGAACAACUCACUCGACUAGACGAAAUCGCAAACAAAAACGAGAAAGGCCGGGCACCAGUUUCUAGCCCAACCCCAGCAAGUGACCCGCAAACCCCUGGCAUCCUUGCUCGUGGGAGUUUCAGUGGGUCAUCCUCGGCGUCCAACGCUCCCGCCCACCGGGGUGGGGUGUCUUGGAGAGCUGAGGGGGAACUCCGGUGUCUAGUGGAGAUGACCCAGUUGAUCCUGAAAACUAUUCAGAUGCAGGCUGCAGGAGAGGGCACUGCGGAUGACUCACCUGCAGGACGUCCCCGCUUGCUGGAUGAGGCGGAGAUCGUCUACUGGAUGGACCACAACAGUCGUGUUCUGACAGUGAAGCCAGUUCAUGGUGACGCAGGACUUGAUGAGGCGAUGAGGCGACGCGAAUUCUUGAGCCUGUGGUUUCUAAAGGGUGCGGAAUGGUACCGAGGCAUUACUGGUUUGUAUUCAAAAGGCAAAACCUAA